UAAACCUAAAGAUCGUGACUCUGCAAAGGCAUACAUGGUUUACACAGUUACUUCCCUUUACAGUACAAAGUCCAUUUACAGGUGCGGAAGUGUUAACAAUUAUUUGCAAAUAUUUUAAAUGGAAAAUGACUCUGACAACUGAACAAGUCAAGCAGUUUCAGGAUGAAGGUUAUUUGAUUUUGGAAGAUUUUGUUGAUGAUGCUACAGUGGAAUCUCUGAAGUCAGAAUGUCACCGUCUGAUCGAAGAGAUGAAUCCAGCUGAUCAUAACACUGUUUUUUCUACUUUAGAAAUGAAAAGGACAAGCGAUGACUACUUUAUGACAAGUGGUGAUAAAAUCAGGUACUUUUUCGAGGACGGUGCAAAAGAUGAGAAGGGUAAUCUUAAAGUUAACAAACAUUUGGCAAUCAACAAAAUUGGACAUGCUCUUCAUGUGUUAAGUGAACCAUUCAAAAAGGUGACAUUUAGUCCAGAAAUACAGGGUGUAGCAAAGAGUCUUGGCCUGGAGGAUCCUGUAGUCUGUCAGAGUAUGUACAUAUUCAAGCAACCAGGAAUUGGUGGGGAAGUAAUUCCACACCAAGACUCAACAUUCUUAUAUACUAAACCACAAAAGCUUGUAGGUUUAUGGUUAGCUUUAGAAGACGCCACACUUGAGAAUGGUUGUCUCUGGUUUAUUCCAGGCUCUCAUAAACGUGGUAUCCUUGGUGAGUGGAGAAUGGUGAGAAAUCCUGAUAAAACUGAAGGUGCAUUCACAAACUAUAUUCACUGGUGAAUCGCAAAAAAAUGCGAUCCAGAAAAAUUCAUUGCUGGUCCUGUUAAAAAGGGUACACUAGUUUUGAUACAUGGUGAAGUUGUACAUAAGAGUGAGAAGAACCUGUCACAGAACUCGCGUCAUAUCUACACCUUUCAUAUGUAUGAUCAACAAGGGACUGAAUAUAGUAAAGAUAAUUGGUUACAGCCAACAGAGGAGAUGCCGUUCCCACGUUUAUAUACCUGAUAUACUGAAGUUCCAUGCUUUUUUAACCAGUAAAAUAUUUUAAACAGACUGUGAAUAAUAUUUCAAUUGCAAUUUACUUGAAAAUAAGAAAUACACCAAGUUUU